GACCCCAAAUCGCCACAUGUCUGUCUUGAACUCUCAUUCUCGUGCUCCUCAACACUUGUACAACACCCAUGCCUGGAACACCGGAACGGCCAUGGCAAUGCCAAACUUGCUAUCAACAAUUCCAAGAUGAAGUCUUGCUAUCUGCACAUAUUGAGUCAUCUCAACCCGUAUGCAGGAUCUGCUGAUUGAAUUGCAACAAGCUUUGGUACACGCAGGUUCGGCCGGCAAUGAGGUGUAUAGUGCUAGCGGUGGCGGGGACCAAGACCUGCUCUGCCCGCACCCUAGCUGUGCAAACAAACCAUCCUACACCGAACUGAGGUCUCUUCAGAGGCAUUACCCGUCUCAUAUUCCUUGUGAGGCAGCUUGCCCGUGCUGCAAGAGGAACUUCGCGUCGGCACGGAAAUACGAGACACAUAUGAAGCAAUGCUUCCGGUCCCAUGGCACUGAUGAUGCUUGGAAAGAUGCCAAAGCACAACGCAAGCGACAACACAGGUUCGCUAGGGAUGAACUUGCACGAAUCAUGUCUAAGAAAGGCAUUGCGAGCAGUAUGAACACACAGGAACUUCAGCUAACAAGCUUGGGGCACAGGCGAGAGGAUCUAAUAAGUGUGGCAACAGGUUUGUAACCUACUUUCACGAGCCCCGCGAAGUUUCCUCCUGACUAUGCGCAGAGCCGUUCAGUCUUGACGCGUCAACGGCCACCACCAGCGACGCUAAUGCCUUCGACUUUUUGGCCGGCACAGUGGACAACAGCCCGACCUCGAAUCGUUAUGCCAGAGGGCCGGCACUAGCAUUGAAUCCCAUGGACUGGAGCUUGGCAUAUUCCAUUGCGCCUGAAUACAUGACUGCUCCUGAUGCGGCCUCGUCUAUUAUGUAUUCUCAAGGUGGGACGGGCCAUGGUACGGAUGUUCUAGACACGAUGUAUGAGCCCGGAAGUGUCAGGUCUGUGGCAAUACCUUAGUUACUCAUCUUGACCUUCUGUCCUCCACAAAUUUGAAGUUCAUUUUGAUUACAUC